GAUUGCUUGCACGUACAAACAAAAGAGAAAAUAAACUACUUUUCCUUUUUCCCCCAUUUGCUUCGGCUUUCUGUGGUGGCUAGCUACUCUUAAAAUGACAGUCGGCAGCCUAAGAAAUGUCUAUUAUGGGACAUUUAAUGUGGCCAACUUGACUUUUGGACUUCCUGAAAAAUCUGUGCUGCAGCCCCUAUGGGACUACCUCCACGGUAACUACCAGUGCACCCUGAGAUCGCCUCUCUUCCCUGUUCUUCUGUCUGUGUCCACCUACCUCCUCUUGGUGGCAGUCUUUACAGUCUUGGAUAUCCUGGCACCCACCUGGCCCAGCAUCAACAGGUAUAAGAUCCACCCGGAGAAGCCAAUCACCUGGACGAACAUUGGGAGGACCCUGGGCCUCACGACCUACAACCACAUCAUCUACAUCUUCCCAGCGGCGGUAGGGCAGUGGCUUUGGAGGCCCCCUAUCCCGCUGCCCAAAGAGGCGCCCACCCUGUCAGAGUUCCUGCUUGGCAUUCUGGGCUGUACCAUCCUGUUUGACUUCCAGUACUACCUGUGGCACCUGCUGCACCACAAAAUCGGCUGGCUGUACCGGACCUUCCACGCCAUCCACCAUCAGUACAACGAGCCGUUCAGUCUCGUCACCCAGUACCUGUCUGCCUGGGAGCUCUUCAGCGUGGGCUUCUGGACCACUGUGGACCCUGUGCUCCUGCAGUGCCACUGCCUGACCACCUGGGGCUUCAUGCUCUUCAACAUCUGGAUCUCGACCGACGACCACUGCGGCUAUGACUUCCCCUGGUCCCUCCACAACCUGGUCCCCUUUGGCCUGUGGGGUGGAUCAGUUAAGCAUGAUGCCCACCAUCAGAAGCCAAACACUAACUUUGCCCCUUUUUUCUCCCACUGGGAUUGGUUAGGGGGAACCUCAUCAAGCCUCGCCCACUCGGCUGCGCUGAAAGGAAGGAAGAACAAAGAAGACUGACUGUCAAUGACGCUCUGUCCUUGAAAACAAACUCUCCCAGGACGCAUACUAACUUAGUCAGUGAGGAAACUGCCGACAAUUUUUUGUAAAGAAUUUUUCAAACAUUUUUGUCUGUUUUUCUAGAAAUCUUUUUAUGUAUCCUUGAAUGUAUAUUUGAUUGUCUAGUAAAAUCUGUCCUUUGAUCUUUCUAGACUGAUCAUUAGCUUAUUGUAGGCUGUCAGGGUCUAGAGGGUUGAGUAAAAAACACCCUUCUAAAAAUGUCCUAUUAUUUCAGCCAAGCUUACUCUCUUGAAAGGACACUGUUACCAAACAA